GGUCCGUCGCCUAAAUGUUUCCCCCCUCUGCCCGGAACUACAGUAACUCUUUUUCGAGUCUGUUUUUUUAAUGUGACUUAUCUUAAACUUAUCUUCGGCGACUGGACACACGGAGCAUAUAAAAACAAUAACAACAUCUACAGAAUGGCGUCUCCCCACGAGCGCAGCGGGAGGGGCGAGGACGGCGAGGACGACCCCGUGGACCGCAUGAUCUCCCGCACGGGCUGCGCCGAGCUGCACUACGCCGUGCAGGAGUGCAUGGCCGAGCGUCAGGACUGGCGGGCGUGUCAGGACCACGUGCGCGCCUUCAAGGCCUGCAUGCUGGACUACCAGCAGACGCGCGCGGACGAACUGAGGCGGCGGCCGGCGAGCACGGAGACCACGCCCGGCUAAAAGCGCCAACACACUCUGGAGGAUAAAUCCCAAAGUUGUUGUUGACCCGGGAGAGUUCCAGUCACUUAUUUCCUUCAAGUGGUGAAACAAACAAGUGGAGUCCAGGGAGCACUCUUGUGGCAACUUGACUCACCUGAGACCACUCUUGUUUUUUACUGCGCUCUC